UGCUGCUGGUGGAUGGGGGUGAAGUGGAUGGUGUAUUAAAGCUGAUCCUCCGCGUGUCUGAGCUCGUGUCUCCGCUCGGACUCCAGAGAGAGGAGGAUGACUGGCAAGACUCAGACCAGCAACGUGACGAAUAAGACGGACCCUCGCUCGCUCCACUCCAGAGUCUUCAUAGGGAAUCUCAACACCACCGUGGUCAAGAAAUCUGAUAUUGAGCUUAUCUUCGCAAAGUAUGGCAAAAUCACAGGCUGCUCUGUGCACAAGGGAUUCGCCUUUGUGCAGUACGCCAGCGAGAGGAACGCCCGCUCUGCUGUGGCCGGGGAGAACGCCAGGGUCAUCGCUGGACAGCCUCUGGAUAUCAACAUGGCAGGAGAACACAGACUCUACAGACCAAAAGUGGGACUGAAGAGGCCCCUCACAGCUUUGUACAGCAGCUACGGGUUUGACUACGACUUCUACAGGGAAGAUUUCUACGGCAGGCUGCUGGAUUUUCACGGGCGGGUGACUGUUCCGCCUCGGGCCGUAUUCCCUGUGAAGCGCUCCCGUGUGCUAGGACCCUCAACACGCAGACUGAAGCCUUCUCCGCCCUCCAGAGGCUCUUCAUCUUUCUCUCACACAAGAUCACUGAGCUCCAGCUCCUCCUGCUCCAGCACUAAGGUAAAGUCGGAUCAGCUGCUGACCAUCAAGCGAGAGCUUUCUCAGAUCAAGACCAAGAUAGACUCUUUGCUGGGCUGGGUGGAGAAGAUGGAGAGGCAGCAUUUAGUGGAGACAGUUUCCCAUAGAAAGUGUGAUGAUGUCUAUCCAUCUCUGCAUAAUGAGACAGCCCGUCGCUCCACAGAGGAAGUGCGCGGGGCGCAUUUGGAGAGAGAGUGCGGUGAAAUGACAGACAGAGAUGAAGAUGAUGAUGACGAUGAUGACUUUGAUGACGAAGGCAAUGAUAAACUGAUGGAAAACCUCUCAUCUGAUGUGGACAACUGAAUACGGUUGGAAUUUUUAAGCCGACUUUUUAAGAGCAUUUGAAGACCCCUAUGACAGUCUUUUCAUCUCAGAAGGAUUGCUCUUCUAAUCCUGGAAGAACGUAUGGCUGGCGCAAUAUGCAAGCUCAAGAAAAACAACAGCACCACAUCAUGGAGUUUGAUAUGGGUUGUAUUUGCAACAGUGUUCCUUACUAGCAUUUUGUAUACAUAAGUACCAUUCAAUUUUAUAACUGAAAAACAAACCAGUAUGUAUUUAAUUUGCUACAAACAACAUUUGUACACGUAUGUGCCAGUAUGUCCAUGUACCCGUAUGCAUUCAUGUGUUAUUAAAUUAUUUAACUGUUGUGUUUUGCUCAGUGUUUUGCUGAAUGAUCACUUUGAACAUUUUAUUAAACAACUGUGAAUAAAAUAUUCUUCAUUAUGCCCUCUUGAGUAUUUAUCAUGAUAUGCUAAGAAGGUUAUUUUGGACACACUAUUAUGCAUCUAAAACUGUAUAUGACUCCUACCUAAAAAU